AAUAAUAGAGACUGUGCAACAAUCGAUUUCUUUUGUCAUAAAAAUUUUCGUUCCGUACAUGAUCAAAUCUCAAUCUUUACUUACACCCGAGAUCGAAAAAAAACUUAGUUACCCAGAGUACUGGGAAAGAGAUUCCACAUUAUGGGGAAGCGUAGCGGAUUGGGAUCUCUAUUUUAUCAAUGAAAUGCCCGGCUCGUCAUGCGAUGUAGCACAUAAAACACUAGCGAGUGAACUUGAAACACUCCUUAAUCACUUUUCUGAAAAUAGUCGUGAAUGGUGCAAGGCAAAAGCGAUCAGGAAACAACUGAAGCAUUUACUUACAGUCUUUCUUUCUGAACUUUUGAAGCUAAAAAACUCCAGUAAGUCUAUUGUCUCGACGAUUUGGAAGGAGCAUCAAGAAGCAAUACUACGGGCUACAGUUGAAAAUAAGAUCAAUGAAAAUAUUAAUAAGCGUAAAAUCGAAGAUGUAGCGAGGAAUGUUACAAGUGCAACAGCAAAAGCUUGUUAUGCACCGAGUGGUUACGAGAUCCCAAAACGUCCCCGAAUAGAUUACAAAAACUUGGAUCAUAAUGUUGAUGAAGGUAACGAUGAAGAAAAUAUAGACCUUCUGGAACAAUCAACCAGCGAAACAUCACUUAUGCAAUCAACCAAUGAAACAUUACCUAUGCAAUCAACCAAUGAAACAUUACCUAUCGAGGAUUACCUGAAAAAAUUCGAGGGAGCGUACUUGGAAUUAGAUCACAAUCAUAUGUGGUUGCUGAAAAGUGGUCGUAAAGUAGAAGAAGUUAUUUAUCAAUUCGCCAGAAAUCUUCCCGAAGAGUCAUAUUUACACUCAUUUAUGAUCAAUGACAUCGAUGUGGUCACCAAAUCACUAUUUUCAGAUGAGGAGUGGAAGGAAAUCACCACCUCAGUGACUAAGGAUAAACCAAAACUUGAGAAUUCUCUUGUAAGCCUACUGAAAAAAUAUACAGUUGAUAAUUUUGAGAGACUACGUGAUGUUCUUUUUGAACCAUUUAUACCGGAUGGAUGCAAAUAUGAUCGGAAACAUCAUUUUGAUCUUGAUUUUAUUAAUGGUGCUUAUCGAGGAAUUUUACGUUUGUGGGAAAUGGAUGAAAACCCUAUUAUUGACUCUUUAUUAGAAGGCUGGUACGAAAUGAACAUGUGGAGUCGGGUAAUUGACCCAGCUUUUGACAACCUCAAUAUUGAUUUAGUGCGUGGCGAGAGUAUGAGUUACGCAUCAAGUGAUAGAAAAAACCUUACCAGAGCAACAAAUGAUCGAAAGAAGCUUGGCCGAAAAGGCGAUGGAGUAUUCAGAUUACGCAAGGAUCGUUUAGAGUUUGGUGCAAUAGAAACGGGUCGAAAAUGGGAAGGGAAGAGUGGAACCAAAUAUAUGACAGAUUCGUUAAAAAUAUGUAAAAUGUUAAAAGAUAUGUUAAACCAGCUUGCCAUUGAAUGUGAUAUGAAAGAAGACCUCGUGAGGAAAUUACAAGUAGUCGGAAUACUUAAUGGAGCAAACAGAAUUCAGGUCAUGACAGUUGACCUCCCUAAGGGAUAUAUUACUCGUAUUCAACGCAGAAAGGUCUAUGAAAUCGCUGGUCGUCUAUCAAAAUCUAAACCGCUUGCUUUUGUUCUAAAAGAAAUACUAUGUGCGAAAUCUAUCAUAAUGCAGACAUUCGGUAUAAUAAACAAGAAAGAUGAUGUUGAUCUCGAAAAUUUUCUCAAUGAUUCUGAUGAUCAAGAUGGAUAUCACACACCUCCUAGGACCGUUAUAUCAAAGACAUUUGUGACUCCACAGAAAGAGGGUACUAAAGAUGUAAUUAAUGAAAAAGAAAAGAAAAGCGCGAUCCGAAUAUUACGAGCUGGGAGUGAUGUGAAUUACCAACUGGGAGAACCGGAGUUUGAUGCAAUACAUCAUCCGAAGCGCGAUCCGAGUCGGGAAUGA